CUUUUGCUCUUCAGAACAGUUUAUGGCAGACUUAUUUUGACCAAACCUUUUUCCACCAAAGAAGGUUAAUGUCGUCUACGCGUUGUCACAGCAAGCUAUUUUGGAGCUCCCUUUGUUUAUGUUUUUGAUAAAAACAGCUAUUCGGUUGUGUCGCAGAUGACGGUUUUCCAACAGAAGAGCCUCUAUAAACCGUGAAAGGCAAUACGAUGGAUCCACGUGACAGUGCCUGGAGUUUUCCUACUCAAAGGCUGCCGGUCCGUCUGGAGCCAGAUCAACAGAGGCUUGUCAACAUUAACAGGACAGAGAGAGUCCCAGGGUUUACCGAUCAUUGGCAAGCACGCCCUACGUACACUGCUGUCCAGCCUCACAGAGGUGGUGUAGCCUGGAAGGAACCCAGUUCCCCAUCUCUGAACUCCACAGACCCAGAUGGAAACCCAUUCAACUCAGAGGAUGAGGAAGAUGCUGAGUUGGCGAGAAAGAAGCGACAGCUUCAGGAGCUACAUGAGCAGAUUAUGCACAAGAAAACCACCAUUGCCAUCAAAGCAAUUGAGAUGAUGGUGAAGAAUCCAGAUUCUCCUGAUGACCAGGAGUUUGUAACUUACAAUCCCGAAUCGCUUCGAGACAGAGUGACAGAGAUAUUGCAGCAACGUUCAUUCAGCUUUUUCUCCAAGGUUAAGUUACGUUUACUAAAAGCAAAAGCCGCUGCUUCGAGUAAAGAUGAAGUGAAGCAGCAGCACCAUCCGCUGAAGCUAAGAGUGAAGGCAUUAAAGGCACACAGACUCAGGGACCCCGGCGUUUUACCACCCAACAGAGAGAAGAUCCUUGAUGUUCCUCCACCUCUCACCACCCAGGCUGUUGCUUCACCUGCUAAAGAGGAAAGCAACGCUGCUAAGGGCUUUGAACGCUUCCUCAGUGUGCUCAACAGAGGAACUGAUCUCAACCUGAAAAACAUGCUUUCAGAUGAGCCUCUGCCUCCUCCUGACCACAUAAUUUCUUCGCCCGAAAAGCAGCAGCAGGAGGAGAGCACCACCAACAAGGGAUACGAGCACUUACUGACUGCUCUCAAGACAGCAGCAGCAGCAGUCCCCAACAUGACAAAAACAGCUCCUGAUGUCCCUCUGCCGCCUCCUGGCCGCAGCAUUGCUUCCCCUGAAAUGCAGGAGGGCACCACAAGCAAGGGAUAUGAGCGCUUACUCAGCGUUCUCAACAAAGGAGCUGCUCCCAACUUGAACACCACGAUCCCUGAUGUUUCGGUAAAUCCUCCCAGCCUUAGUGACCCUCAUAGAGCAAAGAAGGAGAGCAGUACCAAGAAGAGUCCGGAGGGCGAGAGCAGAGCCAGUCGAGGCACUGAGCAAACAGGGCGACAUUCUGAGAGUAAGAGCAAAGCCGACAGACUUUCAGAUCACGAGAAAAGUGAAAACAAACAUUCUGAUCACGAGAAAAGUGUCAACGAGCGUUCUGACCGCAAGACCAGUCCAAAAAGAGGCAAUGAGGGCAAAACCGGUGACAGCAGGGCUUCUGAUCACAAGAAAAGUGUCGACAGAGACUCUGACCUUGAGAGUACCAUCAGCCAAUGUUCUGAAGUCAAGAGAAGAAAUUCUGAUUGUAAAGACAGAGCUGAAGUCAGAGCGAACAACCUUCACAGAUCUUCUGUUAAGAGCACUGUCCACAGAGUUUGUGAGAAUGAGAGCAGUGAGAACCAAGGCUCUGGGAUUGAAAACAUUCACAAUAGAAGUUCUGAAACCAAGACGAGUGUUAGCAAGGGCAGCGUUGAUCAGCUCCUUGAAGGCAAGGGCAGCUUGAAAAGAAAUGUUGAGUCCGAUGACGGUGCUAACAGAGGUUGUGGGCACAAGAACAGUGGCGACCGAGCUACUGAGUCAGAGAGCGGUGUCAGUAAAACUCUUAAAAGUGAGGGGGAGAAGAACAUAGGUCUCAAAAGCAAGGGCAGCGAUAACAAGGGUUUUGAGCGCUUUGUGAGUCUACUGAACAGUGGAGUGGACAUCACCAAGCUCAGUAAGAUGAUCAAAGAUGAGGUAGAUGAUCUUCCAAAAACCUCUCCCUCUGGCUUGAAAAAGGCCCCCAAGAGUGAAAACCAGAGGUCCGAUACUGGAUUCUCACUGCCAGGCUGCAGUGGGAUCAGCAGCGUAAAAUUAAAAACUGUCAAUCAAGAGACGCCCUCACUUGAAGACGUUGAGGUAAAGAAAGUUAAAAAAAGGAGACAUUUGGACUCCAGUAGCCAACAAGAGCCUGCCCUGGAAGUGAAAAAGAAGAAGGAAGAAGAAACGGAAACCUCACAAAUAAAUGAAAAGCAUAAACAAGUGCAGAGCAUUCUUAAAACGUUGGGUUUGAAUCUGGACAUGGAGGAAUUGACCAAACUAACCGAUCGCACUCAAGAGAGGCUUUAUGGAAGGAAGAAUGAAGAUAGAGAGACGAGCGAAAGCAGGAUGGAACAGGAAAGUCGACCUUCGCUCGCCCAUAAAAAACACAGCAGGUCCCGCUCCUCCUCUUCGUCGUCCUCUUUGUACUCUUCCUCCACCUCCUCCUCCUCCUCCUCAACUUUCUCUGGAUAUGCCACUAGAAGCCGUAGUCGGAGUCCUCGGGGCCGCCGGCCACGGCGCUCUCGCAGCAGAGAUGCACGUAGACGUUCUAGUGACAGAAGUAGAGAUGGAGGGAAGAGGCACAGCAGGACUGAAGCCAGUAAGGACGCCCAGAGGCCCAGCUACAGAAACCAACAACAUCCUUUUCAUUCUCCUUAUGGUGCUCCUUCUGCAUAUACCGAUUACAGUUUGUAUCAAUAUGCCCAGUACAUGAACUACUACAAUGCCUACAACAGCGCUCUAAACUCCAAUUGGGUGUUUGAUCCAAAUCAGAGUAAUGUGCCACCGUCCCGUUCACAGUGGCACUCAGUGUUAGCAGAUAUGAGGCUUCCCAACCAACCUGGACAGAUCUCCCUUCAUGACUUCAUGCUGUUCAGGAAUCCAGACUUGUCUGGGAGUGAAGGUCAGAGCAACGAACCCUCUGGUUCUCGUUGCCUCACAGUCAUUAAUACUAUGCCACCUUCUGCAAGCAGCGCGACGGGAUGUCAAUGGUUAACAAAUCUGGAGAGAAGUCAGUUGGGGUCGAAAAGAAAGACUCGAAAAAAAAAAAGGAGAAAACAGUCGGAAAGUUCAACUAAAGAUUUUUCACAGAAGAGGACCGUAGAAAAGUCUGCUGAGAAAAAACCUGCAGAGACAUUGACUGCAGAGACAAAAGCCUCAGGAACAGUUUCUGUGGAGAAAAACCCCCCAGAGACGGUUGCUACAAAAGAAAAAAUUGCAAAGACGGUUGCUACGGAGAAAAAGGUUGCAGAGACGGUUGCUACGGAGAAAAAGGUUGCAGAGACGGUCGCUAUGGAGAAAAAGGUUGCAGAGACGGUCGCUAUGGAGAAAAGUGUUGCAGGGAAGAAAAGCAUCAACUCGAAGAGCUUAAACUCCACGCCAUCACAGGGCAAGACUCCUGGUGAUACAGCCAAGGUAAAGGAAGAGAAGAAACAUCACCUUACAGAGGAGGAAAUAAAGGCUAACCUGAGGGAAAAGCUUCUGGAGUUUAACCGGAAAGCGAGGCUGCUGACACAACCCAGCUCCGCCAUCAAGCCAUCAGCAGAAUCCCUGGACUCUGAGCUCCUUUAAUAGAUCUGUAGAAACUCUGACGUCCCCUGUGGAUCGGUGACCUUCAUUUCAGUUUUAUAUAAACAUUUUGCUACUCCCUGUUCGAGCUGAAUCCUUCCCCAAAUGGCACAUAUAAAUGAAAUCUUCCUCAGAAGAAUUUACUUUCUUAACUUGUUCCUAGUUUAUGUGAAGGUUUUUACUUUUGUCACCACUAAUUAUGUUAUGUUCUAACAUUGAUUUGCUGGUUCUGUUAUGGUUAAACUUAUUUUGUUGUCAGUCUUUUAGUUUGUCCGAUUUCUCUAGUAAAAUGUUUAAAUACCGUUUAAAUGAUUGUGGAUGUUUGAUUUAUUUUGUUAUACUGAAUUUUGAGGUGCUACUCCUGAAAGUCUUCACUAAUUUAGUGUAAAACUCAGAGGAAGAAGUUGAUCUGUGGAGCCUGUCUGUACAGCCGGACAAUAUGCUGAAUGUUUUGAAAAGGAGAAACUUGUAUGACUUGCUCUUGACUUUGGAUGUAAAAAAUUAGCAAUGAACAGAACAACUUAUUAAAUAUGUAGGAAAUGAAA